CAAAGAUCACACGCCCGCCGAAAUGUAUGUAUGGCGUUGAUAUGUAUCGCGCUUAAUGACUCGAAUCAAAAAAAGAAAUACUUGUUUGGUGGCGGAUCCAAACGGAUGGAAAUCUGCAUUUUUAAAGUUUGUCCACCAAGUAAAACCUUACCGAGCUUGUCAAUUUUGCUUUAAAUUCUAUCGAUAUUUAAUGCUCAUCUCCCAAAAACAAUUGGCGCACGCAGCAAUCCAAAGAAUAGCUUGCGCUCAGACAAAUUCGCACAUCCCGCUUUAUUGUAACAUCAGAACACGUUUGACCAGCAGCAGACAACUCGCGAGAAUGGCGCUAUCAACCAAAGUCGGCAACACUUCACAGACAGAAACAGCACCAGAAGUCAGGCUGCCGCAGGCAUCACCAAUGUACUCAGCGACUGGGCUUGACGUGUGGACGAUGAUGAACCAGGUCGCAGCGGCGGUCGGGGCCGUUAACCUCGGGCAGGGCUUCAUGAGCUACCCGCCCAAGGACUUCAUCAGGCAGGCUGCGCAGGACGCGCUGGUCGAGAACACGCACAACCAAUACGCGCCUCCGCGCGGGCGGCCCGGAUUGCUCGAGCAGGUAGCGGUGCGGUUCAGUGAGCGGCUCGGGCGGGAUAUCGACAGCGGCAGCGAGGUCAGCGUGCAUGCUGGCGCAAACGAGGCGCUGCUGUCGGUAUUCACGGCGUUCCUCGAGCAUGGCCAGGACCAUGAGGUUAUCCUGAUGGAACCGGCGUUCGAUCAGUACACGCCAAACGUCGCGAUGGCUGGUGGCGUCCCAGUCUACGUACCGCUGCGCGUACGCGAUGGGUGCGACGCGGCGACGCACGACAUCUCCAGCGACGACUGGCGGCUGGACAUGGCCGAGCUGGAGGCAGCCAUCACGCCCAAGACACGCAUAAUUGUGCUAAACACGCCACACAACCCCAUCGGCAAGGUCUUCACGUGUGACGAGCUGGCGCUGAUCGGCGCCGUAGCCGAGCGCCACAACCUGCUGAUCGUCGCUGACGAGGUCUACGAGCACUUGACCUUUGGCCGCGAUCACGUCUCAAUUGCCACGCUGCCACGCAUGUGGGAGCGCACUGUCACAGUUGGAUCGGCCGGAAAGCUGUUCGGUGUCACGGGCUGGCGCGUUGGCUGGGCGGUCGGCCCGGCCGCACUGAUUCGCCCGACGCUGGCCGCGCACACACGUAUCGUCUUUACCAGCAACACACCGCUGCAGGAGGGCGUCGCUACUGCACUGCGUCAGGCCGUACACAAUGGCUUCUUCACCAUACAGCGUGAGGAGUACCUGCGCCGCCGUGACCGUCUGAUGGCCAUUUUCGCCGACAUUGGCCUGCCAUGUGUUGUGCCCGACGGCGCCUACUACCUGCUAGUCAACGCCUCUGCUGUGCGCGCCCGAAUCCCCACAGAUUACGCCUUCCCUGACUUCAUCACCGAGCGCGGCGCCAACUUCAAGCUCGUCUAUUUCUUUAUCAAAGAGUUUGGCGUCUCGGGCAUUCCGCCGACCGAGUUUUACUCCGACGCACACAAGGACCUUGCCAACGACUACAUUCGCUUCGCCUUCUGUAAGACCGAAGAGGGCCUGGAGGCUGCCGCUGAGCGCCUGCAGACUCUCAAGCAAUUCCUCCGCGGCCCCGCCCAGGCUUGAGCAGAGCUGAUAAAUAUAUAUCCAAUAUGAAAAG